GUCCUUGAAAUGCACAGCAUAAACAAUUAUAGAAUUAUUUUUCUUUACCAAACCACAAUGACAUUUUCCUCUUCUUCUUCUUCUUCUUCUUCUUCUUCUUCUUCUCUGGUGGUCAUCAUUCUUGGAGUACUGGUACUACUACAUGAAUCAAAUGCUCAGUUGAACUCUACAUUUUAUUCCACCACAUGCCCUAAUGUUUCUAGCAUAGUGACCAAUGUUGUCCAGCAGGCUUUGCAGUCUGAUCCUCGCAUCGGUGCCAGCCUCAUUCGACUUCAUUUCCAUGAUUGCUUUGUCAAUGGAUGUGAUGCUUCAAUUCUGUUAGACAACAAUGGAACCACCAUAAUAAGCGAAAAGGAUGCAGCCCCAAAUACCAACUCUACUCGGGGCUUUGGUGUAGUUGACAACAUCAAGACUGCCGUUGAGAAUUCUUGCCCUGGCGUUGUCUCGUGCGCUGACAUUCUCGCCAUUGCUGCUGAAGCCUCCGUUUCUUUGGCAGGAGGUCCUACAUGGACUGUACUACUGGGGAGACGAGACAGCUUGACAGCAAACCAGGCAGGAGCAAACACCUCUAUUCCCUCUCCCUUUGAAGGCUUGACUAACAUUACUAACAAGUUCUCUGCUGUUGGCCUCAACAUCAAUGAUCUUGUUGCAUUAUCUGGCGCUCACACGUUUGGGCGUGCCCAGUGUCGAUUAUUCAGCAACCGCCUCUACAAUUUCAACGGCACUGGCAACCCAGACCCAACUCUGAACACAACAUACUUGACUACACUGCAAACAACAUGUCCCCAGAAUGGAAGCGGAUUUAAUGUGGCUAACCUUGAUCCCACAACCCCGGACGGCUUUGACAACAACUAUUUCUCAAACUUGCAGAACAAUCAGGGUCUUCUCCAAUCUGAUCAAGAAUUGUUUUCAACAUCUGGUUCUGCCACGAUUUCCAUUGUCAACUCGUUUAGUAGCAACCAGAGCACGUUCUUUCAGAACUUUGCUCAGUCAAUGAUUAAUAUGGGGAAUAUUAGCCCGUUGACAGGGAGCAGUGGAGAGAUAAGAUUGGAUUGUAAGAAGCUUAAUUGAUGGAAGCUUGAUUUGAAGUGUUAUUAGUUUGAAUAAUUUGAAGCAUGGAUUAAUAGAAGUUGCGUUCUAAGUCAAAGACUUAAUAGUUCUGUUUCAAACCAGUUGGAAGUAGUUCAUUGUAAUACUAGUAUUGUCAAAAGAAUUUCAAGCAUGGAUUGCAAAUAAUUGGGGCCAAAUUCCCUUAUUUGGUUGGUUUCUUGAUACUGAUGUAAACACAAAUGUAAUACAUAACCCUUCUUGAGACAGCUUGAUGCAGUUGUUUGCGGUGGGUCAUAAAUUUUAAACAGAAAAGUAUACGAAGUUAGCUUGUUUGUCAA